GCGGCAAGCUUCCGCUUCAUUGAAAGACGUGUUGACAAUCGUUGCUGAAAAUGCCGUAAUGUUAGACUGUUCAUGUUAUUGAUUUCUUUGCUCAGUUUUUGUGAAAUAUUAUAUAGUACUUUAUGGUAUGUUACUCUAUGGCCCAUUUUUAUAGGACAAUUAGUCUGAUGGCCAACUUAGCAUGCUAGCUAAUGUUAGCUAGCUUGGACUGCAAACAUACAAUAGGUAGCAUGGCGGCUCUAACUAGUUCUGUAUGAUGAGUAGUGUUAAGAAUUGCUGUUAUGACAGCUGAGGAGAAUGACUUCUAUUAUCAAACUGACCGCUGUGUCAGGGGUGCAGGAGGAGUCUGCCCUCUGCUACCUGCUGCAGGUGGAUGAGUUCCGCUUCCUCCUGGACUGUGGCUGGGAUGAGAGCUUCUCUAUGGACAUUAUUGAUGCCAUGAAAAGGUAUGUCCACCAGGUUGAUGCGGUGCUCCUCUCCCAUCCUGACCCCCUGCACCUGGGGGCUCUGCCCUACGCCGUGGGCAAGCUGGGCCUCAACUGCCCCAUCUACGCCACCAUCCCCGUCUACAAGAUGGGUCAGAUGUUCAUGUAUGACCUGUAUCAGUCGCGCAACAACACUGAGGACUUCAACCUGUUCACCCUGGAUGAUGUAGACUGCGCUUUUGAUAAAAUCCAGCAGUUGAAGUACUCCCAGAUUGUAAAUCUGAAAGGGAAAGGACAUGGUCUGUCCAUCACUCCACUUCCUGCUGGUCACAUGAUCGGUGGGACCAUCUGGAAGAUUGUGAAGGAUGGGGAGGAGGAGAUUGUUUACGCGGUGGACUUCAACCACAAGCGAGAGAUCCACCUGAAUGGGUGUACAUUGGAGUCGGUGAGUCGUCCCUCUCUGCUCAUCACAGACUCCUUUAACGCUACAUACGUGCAGCCGCGUCGCAAACAAAGGGACGAGCAGCUUCUAACCAAUGUGAUGGAGACGCUACGUGGUGACGGCAACGUGCUGAUUGCCGUGGAUACGGCGGGCCGUGUGCUUGAGCUGGCUCAACUGCUGGACCAGAUCUGGAGGACGAAGGACGCCGGUCUCGGGGUCUACUCUCUGGCCCUGCUCAACAACGUCAGCUACAACGUGGUGGAGUUCUCCAAGUCUCAGGUGGAGUGGAUGAGUGACAAGCUGAUGCGUUGCUUCGAGGACAAGCGCAACAACCCUUUCCAGUUCCGCCACCUGUCCCUGUGCCACAGCCUGGCCGACCUAGCCCGUGUGCCCAGCCCCAAGGUGGUGCUCUGCAGCCAGCCCGACCUGGAGUCUGGCUUCUCCCGCGAGCUCUUCAUCCAGUGGUGCCAGGAGGCCAAGAACUCAGUGAUCCUCACCUACCGCACCACGCCUGGCACCCUGGGCCGCUACCUCAUCGAUAACCCCGGGGAGAAGAUGCUAGACCUGGAGAUUAGAAAACGGGUGAAGCUGGAAGGCAGGGAGCUGGAAGAAUACCUGGAGAAAGAGAGAAUGAAGAAGGAAGCUGCCAAAAAACUUGAACAAGAAAAAGAGGUGGAUGUGGACUCCAGUGACGAGAGCGACAUGGAGGAUGACCUGGAGCUGCCGGCGAUGGUGAAGACCAAACACCACGACCUGAUGAUGAAGGGAGACGGCGUCCGCAAGGGCAGCUUCUUCAAACAGGCCAAGAAGUCCUACCCCAUGUUCCCCACCCACGAGGAGAGGGUCAAAUGGGAUGAGUACGGAGAGAUCAUCAGGCCGGAGGACUUCCUGGUACCAGAGCUCCAGGCCACAGAGGAGGAGAAGAACAAGCUGGAGUCGGGCAUGGCCAAAGGAGACGAACCCAUGGACCAGGACUCCUCAUCCAAAGUACCCACCAAGUGUACCUCCACUACAGAGAACCUGGAGAUCAAAGCCAGGGUGACGUACAUCGACUACGAGGGGCGUUCAGACGGCGACUCUAUCAAGAAGAUCAUCAAUCAGAUGAAGCCGCGGCAGCUGGUGAUCGUGCACGGCCCUCCCGAGGCCAGCCUAGACCUGGCCGAGUCCUGCAAGGCCUUCACCAAGGACAUUAAGGUCUACACACCUAAGCUGCAGGAGACUGUGGACGCCACCAGUGAGACACACAUCUACCAGGUGCGGUUGAAAGACUCGCUGGUGAGCUCGCUGCAGUUUUGCCGCGCCAAGGACACGGAGCUGGCGUGGAUUGACGGCGUGCUGGACAUGCGCGUGGUCAAGGUGGACACAGGCGUGCUGCCCGAGGAGGGCAUGGUGAAGGGUGAAAAGGGAGCUGGCGAGGAGGCCGUGGAGGAUGGCGAGCUGGCCAUGGACGUGACCCCUGCUGACGACGGCACCACAGACCAUAGUGUGGUGGCUCAGCAGCGCGCCAUGAAGACGCUGUUUGGCGAGGACGUGCGCGAGCCGUCGGAGGAGAGUGACGUCAUCCCCACUCUGGAGCCCCUGCCCGCCCACGAGAUCCCAGGCCACCAGUCGGUGUUCAUCAACGAGCCCCGCCUGUCCGACUUCAAGCAGGUGCUGCUGAGGGAAGGCAUCCAGGCUGAGUUUGUGGGAGGAGUGCUGGUGUGCAACAACAUUGUGGCCGUCCGCAGGACGGAGGCAGGGCGCAUCGGCCUGGAGGGCUGCCUGUGUGAUGACUACUAUAAAAUCCGCGAGCUGCUCUAUCAGCAGUAUGCUGUGGUAUAAUAGGAGAGACGAGCAGCUGCGGAGACGGCGUCGGACGUUACAUGAUCACACAGAGACAUUCCGUUCGAGAGGAGAGAGAGUGGAGAGAGCGGACGAUACCCAGAGGACCACAGUGUUCUAGGUGUUCUCCACACACAGGCUACCUGAGCUCCCCUCAAGCAUCUCCAGCUGUUUUACUUCCAACCGCUGUGUUGAUUUCUCCUUUUUUACCCCCUUUGUCUGUUUACUGUUAUUUUUUUUAUUGUGCGUCUUUCCCCCCGCAGUGAGAGACAGAUGGGCUCUCCCUUAGUGACCUCUCCUUGAUGCGAACACAUGAUGUGCGAACCAACGGUAACCCUUAGGGUCUUUUUUACCUCUCCUCAAACUCCCUCAGCUCUGGAGAACAUUCACCACACACUCGCUGGAGAGUGCCAACAUCACUUGACAUAGGCUGAAAUGGUUUCUGUUUUUUUUUUUUUUCUACUACUCAUUAAAUUCCCUUUUUUGAACAAU